CCUAAAUCCUUCGGAUUAUAAACUGGGAGCCAAAGUCCAGAGAGCAAAAUAAACCCGCCCGGGAUCUGAGCAGGGGGAGAGGGAAGCUUGGCGGGCUUUAGCAAAGUUGCUCAGAUGGCGGCGCGCAUUCUGAUCUUGCCUUCUCCCGCCUGCCUGUAUGACGAGCCAGUCCAGGUGAAGAUCGAGGGCCUCUCUCCGCUACAGGAGGUCACCGUCUCGGCCUCUCUGGUGGAUGAAAGCGGCAACCUUUUCCAAUCGCGCGCCUACUAUCGGGCUGAAGGUAACGGAGCCUUGGACCUCAGCUGCUCCCCGUCGCUGGGUGGGAGCUACUGCGGGGUCGAGCCCAUGGGCUUACUGUGGACGCUGGAAUCCCCGACGCCCCAUAAGAGGCUGAGGAAGACAAACGUCCUCACCCCUUUCUGUGUCACCUACGAGGUGUACGACGGGCGCGGAGUCAGCGGCUCGCUCCUUUGCCGCUGCCGCAGCGAGAGGCGCUUCAUGGCCGAAGGCGUGAAAAGAGUGCCCGUCCGAGAAGGCCGGCUCAGAGCCACGCUUUUCUGCCCGCCCGGCCCUGGACCUUUCCCAGCACUUAUUGACUUGUAUGGAUCAGCAGGCGGAAUGGUGGAGUACAGAGCAAGUCUUUUGGCAAGCAGAGGUUUUGUUACACUGGCGCUUGCUUUUUUAGCUUUUGAAGAUCUCCCCACUUUCCCAGAGUUCAUUGACUUAGAUUAUUUUGGUGAAGCAAUAAAGUUCUUGCAGAAACAACAAAAGGUUAAAUCAACGAAAAUUGGAGUUGUGGGACUAUCUAAAGGUGCAGAUCUCGCUCUUGCCUUAGCUGCAUUUUGUCCAGACAUCCAAGCUGCUGUCAGCAUUUCUGGCUCGGGGGUAAAUGCUUUUUUCCCCUUGAAACUGAAAGGACACAUCAUUCCACCUUAUCCUUAUAAUUUGGACAAGGUUAAAUCUACUGAUGUUCCGAAUGUACUGAAUUUUACUGAAGUAAUGGAUGACCCCAAAGACCCAUCGACCUGGCCAUGCCGCAUCCCUGUUGAAAAGUCCUUAAGCAAGUUCCUCUUCAUAUGUGGACAGGAUGACAAACACUGGAAAAGUCAAAUGUUCUGCCAAGAAGCUGUUAGCCGCCUUCAGCAGAAUGGAUGUCAUGUGGAGCUCUAUUGCUAUCCUGGAGCUGGGCACCUCUUGGAGCCUCCUUAUAUGCCCUUGUGCUAUAUUUCAUUUCACAAGGCAAUUGGGGCCCUUGUAGUCUGGGGCGGAAAGUGGAAAGAACAUGCAGAGGCACAGGAAGAUGCUUGGCAAAGAAUAUUAGCCUUUUUCAGACAACACUUGCUGGAGUCAACUUUGAAAAGUACUUUAUAGGAUGCAGUUUCGUACUUGCUUGUAAGAAAGGCAGAAUUGCUUGUCCUACUUUAGAUGUCAGUUGGUAACCAAGUUAAACUCAGAGUGAUGGUCUUUAGAAAGUAUAUUUUGCCACUUUGAGGUACACCAAUGGGGCACCACAAUUUUCAUUAGUUUGGUGAAAACUCUUCCAGCUGCAGACCUUUAAGAAUAGAAUAUUCUUAAGUGCCUCUUCAGUGCCUCUUCUGCAAGGGCAGAGACCAACUUUGGGUUCAUCUUUUUCCUUCAUGGUUUACAGCCCUUUCAACAAAGUGGCCCAGACAAGGAAGUUUUGAUGGGGUGUUAUACGGGUUUUUAGCUUUAUCUGAUUUAAUUAGGCAUUUUAACUUUGUAUAAUGGAUUAUUUUGGUUUUUAUUGUUGUGAGCCGCCCUGAGUCUGUUGGAGAUAGGACGGCAUAUGUCUAAUAAGCCUAAUAAAAUAAAAUAAAUAAAUAAAAUAAAUAAGUUUGUAUCUCAGCAGGUGCUAGGUUGCUGAGCCCAUCAUGAAUAUUCUCUGCAGUUUCUCACCAUGAACAGUUGAGAGAUUUAACUUCAUUUUAAGACUCUUCUCUCUUUUUUUAUAGUCAGGUUUUUUAUUUAUAAGUAUUUUGAAGACUUAUUUUGUCUGGGCAUUUCAUUUUACAAAAGAAGGAAAAAAUAACAGAUAUACUGAUAGUAAUAAUGAUUAUACACAUAAUUAAAACCGUAUUUAUAAUUAUAUUAGCUUAUUUAUCAUCAUAUUAAUUAUAAACAACGUAUUUUAUUUAAAAAAUAUAUUAAAAAGCAGAGACAUUACCCUGCCAACUAAAGUGCCUAGAGUCAAGGCUAUGGUUUUCCCAGUUGCAAUGUAUGGCUGUGAAAGUUGGACCAUAAGAAAGGCUGAGCGCCAAGGAAUUGAGGCCUUUGAACUAUGGCGCUGGAGAAGACUCCUGCGAGUCCCUUGGACUGCAAGGCAAUCAAACCGGUCAGUCCUAAAGGAGAUGACUGCUGACUGCUCUUUAGAAGGCCAGGUCCUGAAGAUGAAACUCAAAAUACUUUGGCCACCUAAUGAGAAGGAAGGACUCACUGGAGAAGUGCCUAAUGCUGGGAAAGAUUGAGGGCAAAAGAAGAAAGGGACGACAGAGAACAAGAUGGCUGGAUGGAGUCACUGAAGCAGUAGGCGUGAGCUUAAAUGGACUCCAGAGGAUGGUAGAGGAUAGGAAAGCCUGGAGGAACGUUGUCCAUGAGGUCGCGAUGGAUUGGACACAACUUCGCUACUAACAACAUUUAUGAUCAUAUUAAUUGUACUAGCAUACUUAUAGUUAUAAACAACAUAUUUUACUUACUUAUAACAAUCUUCGCCCUCUAAUUCCGUUAAUUUCCUGUGUAAUUUAUUAUAAAAUUUUUCUUGUUUUAUG